AUGUCAAUAGAUAGUCUAGUCCAGUCGGUUUCUACUUACCGACGUCGCUCUCCGCUUGGUUUUCUGUAUGGUGGGCCUUUCGUUGUUUUCUAUGCCAUUUGGAUCUACUACUGGUUGAAUGUUUUGGGAUACGAAGAUUACUACGAAUUAGGUUGCAUAGGAGUAGCGGUUAUAGCAAUAUGUCAGGUGAGUCUUCUUCGAUAUUUAUUUCUUCAAAAUUUAGACUUGCUUUACGUCUUGAAGGAAGUAUGGCCAGAUUUUUUGUUGGCAUCAAACUUCUAGAUGUUUUUUAUAGAAAAUCGUCCAGAAAUGGCGAAAAUCCGGGCUUUUGUUGUGCGACAAUCAUAGGGUUUAUUAUUUCAGAUCCUCGCAGUGUUAUUUUGCUACUGGUUUGUUGAAAUCAACUGUCUAUUUACUUGUAAUUUCGUCUCGGAUCCAACGAAAGCAACUCUAGCGAAAGUUGUCCCGCAGCCAAAUAAUGGGUGGACAGAGUUGGUGCCAAUUCGGAAAACGAAGGUAAAGUAUCUUUCAGAGGAAUUGACUGUCAUUUUACUCAACUCAAACCUAUGUUUUCAGCUUCCGACUGGUGAAGUCCAGACUUGGUUCCUUUUCCAAAAGAUAACUUACUUUUAUAACGAAGAUCUCAAAACCUUCGAGUCUAUCAAAUACGAUACGAGUAAACCGCUCAGUGAAUUCUUCGAUCACAAAGGGUUCGAAAAUGAAGAGCAGAUUCGGGAAAGCACCUUGAAAUACGGAAACAAUGAGUAAGUGCACCUAAAAUAAUAUAAAAUUUUAUGUUUUUCUAACGUGAAUUGGUGCAGCCUUCUUCAUCAGCCGUAAUAUUCAUUUUCAGCAUGGAGAUGUCGAUUCCAUUGUUCAUGGAUCUGUUUAUUGAACGAGCAACAGCUCCAUUCUUUGUCUUCCAAGUAAGUCCGAUUUUUCUCUGCAUUUCUUUCGAUUUUUAGGUAUUUUGCGUCGGUUUAUGGUGCCUAGAAGAUAUGUGGUACUAUUCUCUCUUCACACUGGUAAUGCUUAUGACAUUUGAGGCAAUGAUUGUCAAACAGCAGCUUAAAAACAUGCAGGAUAUCAGAAACAUGGGGAACAAGCCAUACAUGAUUUAUGUAAGCAGUUUGCCUGUUGGAAAACACGUCAAAUUUUGUGGAUUUUUUGGUAGAUUGCAGUGGCAGAGGUUAUUCUUGCUUGUGAAAAAAGUUUCUUACCCAUAUCGAUUGUAGGCUUACCGUAAUCGUCGAUGGAACCGAGUCCCCUCAAAUGAAUUGGUCUUUGGUGAUAUCGUCUCGGUCAAUCGGUCCAGCGAAGAGAAAUCGGUUCCAUGUGAUCUGCUCUUGAUCCGUGGUCAAUGUAUCGUCGAUGAGUCCAUGUUGACGGGAGAAAGUGUGCCACAAAUGAAAGAGCCAAUCGAAGAGACGGAUCGACGAAAAGUUUUUGAUUUUGCGACCGACGGAAAGCUUCAUGUGAUCUAUGGCGGCACCAAGAUUGUCCAGCAUAACCCACCAGGUACCAUAUUCCAACAUAUUUUGUAUCGCUUUAGGUAAAACGGACCCUGGUAUGAAGUCCCCGGACAAUGGAUGUAUAUGUUAUGUACUUCGCACCGGCUUCAACACCUCUCAAGGACAACUGUUGAGGACCAUUUUGUUCGGCGUGAAGAGAGUCACAGCCAAUAAUUUGGAGACGUUUGCAUUUAUUUUGUUCUUGAUGAUCUUCGCCGUCGCCGCCUCAGCCUACGUGUGGAUCAAGGGAACCGAAGACCCGGAUCGAAACAAAUACAAGCUCUUCUUGGAGUGCUCGUUGAUCAUCACAAGUGUCAUUCCGCCUGAACUUCCGAUUGAGCUCUCUUUGGCAGUCAAUAACUCGCUGAUAGCCCUACAAAAAUUAGGUAAGAAGUGAGAUUGGGGUGUAAGAAUUUUUAUAAAAUAGCUUUGAAAUGGAUGUGAUGUCGUAUUUCACCCUGAAGUUGAAUAUUUUCCGAAUUUUUGACCUUAUUUUAGUCUAAAAACGUCGAUUUUUUUUUUUAUUUUUUAGGAGUUUUCUGCACAGAGCCGUUCAGAAUUCCAUUUGCUGGCAAAAUUAACAUCUGUUGCUUCGACAAGACUGGCACGUUGACCACGGAUAAUCUUGUGGUCGAAGGAAUUGCCAAAGGAGUGGAUAAAAACGGGAAAAUCGAGAUUGUGAAGACCCCCGCGGAUGUGGAUCCAAAUUCAAUCCGAGUGCUGGCUUCAUGCCAAAGCUUGGUCAGAUUCGACGAGGAAUUGGUGGGAGAUCCCAUGGAGAAAGCGUGCUUGAAUUGGAUCGACUGGAACGUCAGCAGAAGUAGGUUUUUUUGGCAGGGAAUGGAAGAGCUCAGCUGAGAGCUAGCUCAGUUGUUCUUAUGGGAACUGGGACGAUUGGGGAAACCGAAAAGUAUUAUUUUUCUUUGAUGCAAGUGUCGAAAUUAGGAUAAUCGAGCGUGCUGAUUUCGAAAAUGACAUUCAUUUUUUUGAUAGUUACUUUUUUCCUUGAGUAGUACUGUAAAGUAGUAAUUUUUUGAAUUUUUUUUCGUGAAUACUCGGUUUGGGGGUUUUCGAUCGUGCUGCUUUCAAAUCGGAAAAAACGAAUCGGAUUUUCGAAAUCAGCAAGGUCGAAACCCCCCAAAUCGAGUAUUUGUGAAAAAAAAUCAAAAAAUUACUACUUUACAGUACUACUUAAGGAAAAAAGUAACUAUCAAAAAAAUGAAUGUCAUUUUCGAAAUCAGCACCCUUGAUUAUCCUACUUUCGACAAUUGUAUCGAAGAAAAAUAAUACUUUGGUUUCCCCAAUCGCACUUUUCCCCAAUUGUCCAACAUUGUUUCAGACGACUCGGUUAUCCCCAAGAAAUCGAAAAUGCAGCCGCUGAAAAUCGUCCAACGGUAUCACUUCUCAAGCCAAAUGAAGAGAAUGACCGUUGUUGCGAGUUAUAUCCCGCCCGGAACCACCGAACCCAGACACAUUGCUGUCCUCAAAGGAGCACCGGAAGUUUUGAGGGGAAUGGUAUGUAAUUUGAUGGAUUCUUGGAUUGAUUUUGCGGUUUUUAGUACAAGGACUUACCCAAGGACUACGACCAAACCUAUCAGCAGCUAGCUCAAGCGGGAAGCAGAGUAUUGGCCCUCGGAAUUCGAGAGAUGGGAGCACUUUCUCACGCGGAAAUCCGCGCAAAUAAGCGAGAAGAUUACGAAAAGGACCUGGAAUUUGCUGGAUUUGUGGUUAUCUCAUGCCCAUUGAAGCCAGACACAAAGGAAAUGAUCAAGGAAAUCGUGGAGUCAUCGCAUUCGGUAGGAAUUUUGGGAUUUAUAUUGUUUUAUGGAGAUUUUUAUGGUGAAUUUUAAAAAAAUUGAUUUUUUGUAAAUUUUUGUUUUUUGAUGGUGGUUAAAGUAUAAUUUCUGGUCUUGUAGGUAACCAUGAUCACCGGAGAUAACCCUCUGACUGCCUGCCAUGUCGCCUCAGUACUGCAUUUCACCAAAAAAUCCAAGCCGGUACUUAUUUUGGACGAAUCAGAAGCGGAAGACAAAUGGGCCUGGAAAUCAGUCGAUGGCAAGACGAAACUAAACCAACUGGCUCCGCAAACCAAGCCCGAGAUCAAGAAGUUUGUGAACGACUUUGAGUUUUGCCUCACCGGACAUGGAUACGAUCAUUUGGUCAGAGAGUUCCCACAUUUUGUGGACAAAAUUCUCCCUCAUGUCAGAGUUUUUGCGAGAAUGUCACCGAAACAGAAGGUAAGAAGAGUCUUGGGGAUAAUCAAAAUGUUUGGUUUGGGUUGCUGCGAUAUUUUCUCGAUCUGGGACAUUAUUUUAUGUUAUCCUUUCCAGGAACACGUCGUAAAUCGACUAAAAAGCCUAGGAUAUACGACUCUGAUGUGCGGCGAUGGUACAAAUGAUGUCGGCGCCCUAAAACACUCCCAUGUUGGCGUUGCCCUCCUUUCACAUCCAUAUGAUCCACAAAAAGAAGCAGAACUUCAAGCCCAGAAGCAACAAAAAGUGAAAGAAAUCAGAGAAGCUGCUGAAAAUGUGAGAAGAGUCAAUCCAAAUGAUCUUCCCAGUCGGUUUGGAGGCCCGAGAAAUCAACCGGCUCCAACGCAGCAGGAUAAUAAGAAGAUCCCGACUAAUCCUCAUGUUGCGGUGGGUAGUGUAAUAUAGGGAAUAAAUGUAAUGUUUUUGUGAUUUUAGAAGUUGGAACAGUUGAUGAAGGAGCUGGAAGAAGAAGAGCGCCUUCAGGUGAUCAAGCUUGGCGAUGCUUCGAUUGCUGCGCCGUUUACUUCGAAGUUCACUUCGAUUCAAUCGAGUAAGGAGAAUGUUUUUUGAUUUUUUGAAAAGUUUUGGGUAUAGCUCUUAGUCGUAAGAUGAUAUUUAGGAAGAAAAGACCAUGGUUUUACAUAGGAAAUCAAUUUUUGACGAUAAAAAUCAAAUACGGAUGUGUUCCAGCAUCAUUUAUGUUAUCCAUGACAUCAAAUCUCAUGGAUGAAAUAAAUUGGAUUUUUUGGAAGUUUCAGCCUAAAGGGGGUCCUAGUAGGUACGACAUAUGUAUUUUAGCUCAGAUGGACUGUAAUUUAUCCAGUUGUUACCGUAUUAUUAGAAUAUUUUUCAUGAUAAACGAGGCCUUAUUAUCCAUGGUCUCGAAAUCUCAAGAGUAAUAUAAAUUAGAUUUUUUUGGGCCUUGAGCUUUCGAGAGAGCUUCCAGUAUUUCCAGGAUACGAUUCUUGGCUAAAAUAGAUCGUAUUUCACCCAUUAAUCACUGUUUUAUUACAGUAUGUCAUGUGAUAAAACAAGGCCGGUGCACGUUGGUCACCACCCUCCAGAUGUUCAAGAUUCUCGCUCUGAAUGCCCUGAUCUCAGCCUACAGUCAAAGUGUUCUCUACCUGAAUGGUGUCAAGUUCUCGGACUCACAAGUUACAGUACAAGGAUUGCUUCUAGCGUCGUGCUUCUUCUUCGUUUGCCGGUCGAAUGUGAGUUUAGCCAGAAAAAAGUGGAAAACAUGCCUUUUAGCCGUUGAAAAGCUUAUCAAAACAAAGGCCCAUCCCGAAUAUUUUCAACGCGUAUACUCUUCUAACGGUGACGCUUCAGUUUGCGGUCCAUUUUGGUUUCUUGGUGGUGAUUUUCGAACGGGUUUUGGAGAUUGAACCGAGGUGAGUUAAUAAUUCAUUUUUGGUGUCGAAGUGUAAUUUGAAGAUUUUUUGUUGAUAGUUUUGUACGUUCAAUAACAUUUACGACUAUUUCAGAGAAGGAAAAGUCAAUCUGGAAGAGGAAUUCAAGCCAAAUCUCCUGAAUUCAGCCGUUUACAUCAUAUCCAUGGCCCUUCAAAUGUGCACUUUUGCCAUCAAUUAUAGAGUAAGUUGAAUUUUUUUACAUUUAUGGCGAUUUUUGGAGGAUUUUUGAUAAAAAAAUCUGCUUUUAGGGCCGUCCAUUCAUGGAAAGUUUGAUCGAAAAUCGUCCUUUGCUUUAUUCAGUGAUCGGAUCCCUCUUCGCUGUCUUCACUUUGGCCUCAAACGCCAUUCCGGAGUUCUCGCAUAAGUUUGAAAUUGUGGAAAUGCCGGAAGAAGUAGGUUUUUUGAUAUUGCACUUGGUUAGCUGGUCCUUGAAAAAUAUUUUUUUUUGUUUUUAGUUCCGAAACUUUAUGGUAAUGUGCGUCGCUGGAGAUCUAGUCUUGUGCUACUGCAUAGACCGAAUCCUAAACUUUGCGAUUGGAGACAUGCGAGCCUAG